AUGCUGAGCAGGUGGAUGAGUGGCAGCAGCAGGAACCUGGACCGCGAGUACAACUGCACCGUGCGGCUGCUGGACGACAGCGAGUACACCUGCACCAUCCAGAGAGAUGCCAAGGGCCAGUACCUGUUCGACCUCCUGUGCCACCACCUGAACCUGCUGGAGAAGGAUUACUUCGGCAUCCGCUUUGUGGACCCCGACAAGCAGAGGCAUUGGCUGGAGUUUACCAAGUCGGUUGUGAAGCAGAUGCGGGCCCAGCCCCCCUUCACCAUGUGCUUCCGAGUCAAGUUCUACCCCACGGACCCCGCGGCACUGAAGGAGGAGAUCACCAGGUACCUGGUCUUCCUGCAGAUCAAGAGGGAUCUGUACCACGGGCGGCUGCUGUGCAAGACGUCGGACGCCGCGCUGCUGGCUGCCUACAUCCUGCAGGCUGAGAUCGGGGACUACGACCCGGGGAAGCACCCAGAGGGCUACAGCUCCAAGUUCCAGUUCUUCCCCAAGCACUCGGAGAAGCUGGAGAGGAAAAUCGCCGAGAUCCACAAGUCAGAGCUGAGUGGGCAGACACCAGCUACUUCAGAGCUGAAUUUCCUCAGGAAAGCCCAGACUCUGGAGACCUACGGGGUUGACCCCCACCCGUGCAAGGACGUGUCUGGCAAUGCAGCCUUCCUGGCCUUCACCCCCUUCGGCUUCGUGGUCCUGCAGGGGAACAAGAGAGUUCACUUCAUCAAGUGGAACGAGGUGACCAAGAUGAAAUUCGAAGGGAAGACUUUCUAUCUGUACGUAAGUCAGAAGGAGGAGAAGAAAAUUGUUCUCACCUAUUUUGCCCCGACACCAGAAGCCUGCAAACACCUCUGGAAGUGCGGGAUCGAGAACCAGGCUUUCUACAACGGCCGCGUCGCCAAGGAGGUGAUGGAGUCCAGCGCCAAGAUCAAGAGGGAGCCCCCCGAGAUUCACCGGGCCGGGCUGGUGCCCAGCCGCAGCUGCCCCUCCAUCACGCACGGCCCCCGGCUGAGCAGCGUGCCCCGCACCCGGCGGAGAGCCGUCCACAUCUCCAUCAUGGAAGGCCUGGAGUCCCUCCGUGACAGCGCCCACUCGACCCCGGUGCGCUCGGCUUCCCACGGCGACGCCUUCGCGGGCCCCGGGCGGAGCGGCCGCGCCGAGAGCAGCGAGCGGGUGGCCGUGAUCGCCGACGAGAGCUACAGCCCCGCGGACAGCGUGCUGCCCACGCCCGUGGCCGAGCACAGCCUGGAGCUGAUGCUGCUGUCGCGCCAGGCCAACGGGGCCCCGUGCAGCAUCGAGGAGGAGAAGGAGUCGGAGGCGGGCACGCCGGCGGCAGAGGCGGAGGGCGAGCUGCGGGCGCUGUGCCCGGGCGCCGGCGGCCUGGGGCCGGCACAGGCCCAACAGGUGAAUAAGUUUCUUUUAAGUGUCCUCCGUUUGCUCCUUGUGACAGUUGGACUCCUCUUUGUUUUGCUCCUCCUCCUGAUCGUCCUUACCGAGUCCGACCUUGACACUGCCUUUUUCCGUGAUAUCCGCCAGACCCCAGAGUUCGAGCAGUUCCAUUACCAAUACUUUUGUCCCCUCAGGCGAUGGUUUGCCUGCAAGCUCCGCGCCGUGGUAAACCUGCUCAUUGACACCUGAAGGCAGGAGCCACCACGGGGGCCUGGACCUGCCGCCGUCACUCACUAACCCUCCCCUCCCGACCCCGAGCCCGGCCGGCCGAGGAGGCGGCUUUCCGGGAGGAAGAGGAGGGUGGGCGCAGCCCCCGGAGCCCCCUCCUCCCCGUGCUCCCACCCCCGGAGCCCGCACAACACCUCCCGCCCCGAUCCCCCCGCACGACUUGGGAAGCACCGAGCAGAGGGGAAUUCUUUGCUCUGCCACCCCGGCCGGGGCUGGCGGGGCCGUUCGGCAGGAGCUUUAGCAAUGGUGCUACUGAGGUUUCAUUUAACACUCGUGUACUGUUACGGUACUCAAUCCGCACUGUGCCCGCCACCCCCGCCCUCCACGAAGCGCUUGGCAGAGCCCUCCCUGCUCACCGGAGCCUCCUAGGAGGUGACACAGCCGCCGGGCUCCGGGGACGCCCCGGUGCCCUCCUCCCCGCAGCGCAGCCAUCCGGAGCCCUCGCCCUGCUGCGGACUCGGCCCUUCGCCACUUUUUUAAGCCUUGAAGCAUCGGUGCUCCCGAGGGCAGGGGAGCAUGGAAGCCAGGGGACGCCGGGCACGCGCGGCCAAACCUGGCGUGGAGCUGUAGUGACUGUGUCAGAUUUAUUGGGAUGACCUUUACCCUCCGCCAGUUGUACCUGUUUUGUAAAAAAAACCAAGCAAAAAGAAC